AUGCCUCCAACAAGAAAGAGAAGUGCAUUGUGGAAUCAUUUUAGUGAGCUUACGGACAACAAAGCUAAAUGUGGUUACUGUGCACAAAUUUUGAGUAUAUCCAAUAAAUCCAUCGGUAAUUUGAGCAGGCACAUGAGACUAAAACAUCCUACAAUUCAAAUACAAUUAAGCAGACAACAGAAUACAAUUCAACAGCAGUCAUCAACAUCAAUACUAGACCCAGUACCAUCUAUGUCAUCAUUUACAUCUCUAUCUCAAAAUGAACUACCUGCAACGUCACAUAUCUCCCUACCGUUAACUUCUCAUAGACCACUAAAACAAUGCACCAUGACAGAAUUUAUUCACAAACCCGUGCCUGUUAAAAAAAUAAAUGAGAUCGACAAACAAAUUAUCAAAAUAAUUGUCAAAAAUUAUCACCCAUUUUCGCUCGUAGAGCAACCAGAAAUCAAAGAAUUGUUCGCCAUGAUUAUUCCUGGUUAUAGCUUACCAACUAGAAAAACUGUAUCAAACAGUCUUUUGCCAAAAAUGUAUCAGGAAUGUUUGGAAAAAGUUCAGGUUAACAUAGACUCCGCAUGGGCUGUCUGUCUAACUACCGAUACCUGGACGUCGAUAAAUAAUGUCAGUUUUGUUUCUGUCACCGCCCAUUAUUUAGAUAAUACUUACAUUAUGAGGUCAUAUCUUUUAGAUUGCUUUUCAUUCUCUGACAGACACACGGCAGAAAAUUUGUGUCAAUCUUUGCAGGCAAAAAUUGUCGAAUGGAAGAUACAAUACAAAGUCGUUGCUGUAGUAAGUGACAAUGCCGCUAAUAUCUCGGCUGCAAUUAGGAUGGGCGGAUGGAAACAUAUCAGAUGUUUUGCUCAUUCUGUAAAUUUGGUUGUACAAUCAGGUUUAAAAGAUAUUAAAAAUAUUGUCUUAAAAGUGAAGUCUAUUGUAGAAUAUUUUAAAAGUAGUUCGUCAGCAUUAACAAAAUUAAAAGAAAUCCAACAGCAAAUGGGUCUUCCAGAAUAUCUGGAAAUGUUAACACCAGAAGACUGGAAAAUCGUUGACCUCGCGAUUAAAAUAUUGGAGAUAUUUUACAACGUCACAGUAGAGAUGAGUUCAGAAACACAAGUUAAUCUAAGUAAAGUAAUUGUGUUGACAAAAAUUAUGAUAAAACACGUUAAUAAGCAUAUUAAUGAGGACACUGGAUUACCUGCGCAAAUAAUAUUAUUAUUGGACACCCUGAAGCAGCAGUUGUCGGAUAGAUUCCAAAAUAUUGAAUCCAACCCUCUGUAUGCGGAAGCAACAAUUUUGGACCCGCGCUUCAAAGGUUUCGCGUUCAGAGAACAAGAAAAAUUUAAUAUAGCUGUAACGACCUUAAGACGACGUUUAGCAAAUACAGCUACUGAGACGGUCCGUGGUAUUACCACGGAGACAACAUCUGUAACUAUGGCUGAAACCGCAACUCAACCUGUGGCCGCAACAUCAGCAUCGCUUUGGGACGAUUUUGAUGCUGAACUGAGUCAGCAUCUCAGACCGCGAAAUCAAAUGGCAGCAGGAAUAAGAGAGCUAGAUAAAUAUUUAAAUGAUGAAAUGCUGCCUAGAAAUCAAGAUCCCUUAAUUUGGUGGGAAAGCAGAAAAGGGAUUUAUCCUAUUCUGCACCAAUAUGCAAAAAAGAGAUUUUGCAUUACUGCAAUAUCUAAGUCCGAGGUCAAUCAUCAUUAUGGGAUCUUAGCGAUAUUUUGUAAAGAUCGUGAUGCGAAACUACAAGCGUGGACAGAAGUAUGCUGGGCAUUGUUUCCUGGUUAUGAUGAUUUACCAGAUAAGGAGAAACAGGAAAUUGAAAUACUUCGCAAAGCUAUGGAAAUUUCAAAUAGUACUGCAGGUUUUCCCUCAAUGUGUGAUCAUAAUCAUUUUUUCACUUGCCCUGUAUCUACCUCUCGCCCUGGAUCUUCUACAUCUACCUGUACAUCAUACACGAUCACAUCACCAGGCUCUCCAGAAGAUGUAACGUUGUACACAGUUGAAGAAACUGAAGCUCUAAAUGCAAAUGUAGCCUCUCAAAUGCAGCUGUCUGAGCAGCAGUAUUCAUCGCAAGCAUUGGGUAAUUUUCCGCAAGAACCUAUCGCUUCUCAAAUUUAA